AUGGUUCCUUGUGAAGCGUGCGCCACCCCUUUCAUCCCCGCUCGGAUCUCUGUCACAGGAGGACCUGCUUCUUUGCAUUCUUCUUUCCCGCCCCUGCGCCAUUCUGGGUGGCUCGUAUCGCCGUUGAGGGUCUCCUUGAUUUCAUCUCGUAUGCAUCAUCUACGUUACCUGCUCACUUCUUCCUCCUCUCUGUCUCAACUGAGAUUCGUCACGCUUCCCAGCUUACACCGCUUUCAUCUCUCCGCCAACACAUCCAACAUGGCCAAGGGUAAGCGCUCCGCUGACGCCAAGGGCAGCCAGAAGCGCCAGAAGAAGGUGCUGCGCGACAACAUUCGUGGCAUCACGCGCGGCUGCGUCCGCCGCAUGGCGCGCCGCGGUGGUGUAAAGCGCAUCUCGGGCGACCUCUACGAGGAGGUGCGCCGCGUGCUGAAGGCCUAUGUGGAGGACAUUGUGCGCUGCAGCACGGCCUACACCGAGUACGCGCGCAAGAAGACAGUCACGGCGGCCGAUGUCGUGAAUGCGCUGCGCAAGCGCGGCCACAUCCUGUACGGCUACGCGUAA